UUGGAGGAUGUUUAGUCACCACAGGAGGAUAGUUUGGGAGCUGUCCGCCAUACAUCGCUCUGGUAUGCCCAUGGAGUAUCUACAUUCCUGCAAAUUAAGUAGAAAGUGGUUGGACUGGUUUCUUGUUCUGAGAGUAGUGUGAGCCAAGGUUGUACAAAUGGGGGAGCAUGAAACUCAGGUGCUUGGAGGGAAACACUCAGAGAUACACCACACGCUGGCAAAGAGCAGGAACCUCAGACAUAUUGUGCUCUAGUGUACAAUGAGAAGGAGUCUCUAGCAGAGCGUAUUUUCACACCAAACACAAGAAGAUAUUUUCAAAAUGGACUCCCACGGGUCUUCUGUGGACCACGUACAGUCACAGAUGAGUGGUGUGGAGAAGGUGUCUAGUGGCUGGCAUAAGCCCACUCAUUCCAGGAGCAGCAGCACAGCAUCCUCACGUCACUCACGCCUGAACAUUAAAGACUGGGAAGUAAUGGAUGACUUUCCAGUCGAUUUGAACCUCACUGGAGAAAACAUGCAGGAUGCGAAUACCCCAGGAAUCUGUGAAGGCUACUUGAUGAAGAGGAGAAAGUGGCCUCUUAAAGGGUGGCAUAGGAGAUACUUUGUCUUGGAUAAAGGAAUCCUGCGGUAUUCAAAAAACCAACAUGAUUUUUCCAAAGGGAAAAUGCACGGCGCGCUAGAUGUCAGUCUUGCAGUUAUGUCAGUGAACAAAAAAGCAAGACGUAUAGAUCUGGAUGCUGGAGACAUUCUCUAUCACAUGAAAGUCAAAACUCCGGAUUUAUAUUACAUAUGGGUCACCAAGCUGAGUGCCCACAGGAUGUAUAAGAAAAAUGAGGCUGCGCACGUUCACAAUGGCUUCCUCCAGGCCCUGUCCCAGAGCAGUCAUUUAUCUCGCAAAAACAGUCCCGUGCAGGACAUGGGCACAUCUUAUGUGGGUGAACCUCUGCCAGGGGUCAAUCCUGCCGUUAAUGGGAAAGUGUCAGCUUGGCUACGGACCCAAGAACCUGACAUCUGUGCACAAGAGCUUACCCGUUGUCAAAUGGAGCUGAAUGAGCUGCAACGGCUGGUCCAAAAGUUGCACUCUCUAGAGUCGGGCCAAAUUGUCAAUAAUGGAGAUCUCCAGAGGAUUAUCAGCAUGCAGAAUCUCCUUCUCGACAAACCCAAGAAGAAGGGUGGAAAGAUUUGGGGUCAUUCUCGCACUCUGUCUCGGGUUGAGGCUCUUGGAAUGCUAUCAUCAAGCCACCUGACCAGUUCUGCCCACCUGGGAACCUCUGUCCCUUCAAUCCCAGAUUAUGUCUCCACCCAGGCAUCCCCACCAGCCUCCACCUCAGAAAGCAAAAAGCUCCACCAAGACAUCUGCUCCAUGUCAGUGAAAGUCCAUGCCUCUUUGCGUACUGCACAUGAGGCUCUUGCUCAGGAGCGCCAAAAGCUGCAGGACGCCUGGUCUAGCAGGGAGCUUCACCAGACCACCUCUGCCCAGAUCAACAACCUCUGCAACCUGGCUGAGUUAGAUGUUAAGUCCCGUCACACCAAAAUCCACAAACUCUCAGUGUCCUCCAACUCCUCAGAAGAGUCCUUCCGUACUGUGCUACAAAGGAAGACUGGCUCAGGCCGUAGUUUGUCUUUCCGUGCCCCCUCGGUGGCUGACUCAGCGGCAGAGUAUUUUGAUGCAUGUGAUGAGCUGAUGUGUGCCAGCUCUUCUGAGAUGUCUGAUGAGUCCGGUCUGAGUGAAGGAUCCAGUAAUUCAGAGCCUGAUGAGGCUCAUGCAAUGGCUUCACGCAAGUACCGUGCCAGCCUUUCGAAGGCACCACCGAAACUGAACAGCAUAAAGAACACUGGACGUCGUACUGCUCUGCCUGCGGUCUGCCCUGACAACAGCCACGUCGGAUUGAUGACUAUCCUCUACAACAACAUAGGGAAGGAUCUGUCCCGUGUCUCCAUGCCAGCAGCUCUGAAUGAGCCUGUGUGCCUGCUGCAGAGACUCUGUGAGGAGCUGGAAUACUCUGACCUACUGGACACUGCCAAUCAUACCGAUGACCCCUACCAGAGGAUGGUUUAUAUUGCUGCUUUUGCUAUAUCUGGCUAUGCCACGGCUCAGUUUCUCAACCGCUACAAACCUUUUAAUCCAGUUCUGGGAGAGACAUUUGAGUGUAUCAGAGAGGACAGAGGCUUCCGCUACAUCAGUGAACAGGUUUCCCAUCAUCCACCAAUAUCUGCGUGUCAUGCAGAUUCUGAAAAUUUCAGUUUCUGGCAGGACCAGAGAUGGAAGAACAAGUUUUGGGGCAAGUCUUUGGAGAUCAUGCCAACAGGGAUGGUGAAUGUGACUCUAAAAAAAUACGGGGACCACUAUGAAUGGAACAAAGUGGUGACAUGCAUCCACAAUGUUCUCAGUCAGCAGCGAUACCUAGAGCACUACGGUGAAGUCAUUAUUCGCAAUCUGAAAAGUUCGGUCUGCACCUGUAAGAUCACAUUUGUCAAGUCACGUUACUGGGGUUCAGAUGGUUCCAAAAACGAAGUGCAGGGUCAAGUUCUUGAUGGGAGUGGUAAUGUCAUCCAUCGUUUUGGAGGAUUUUGGCAUGAAGGCAUCUUCUGUGACACCCUCCCCAAUCCACAGUGUAUCUGGAAGCCAAAUCCACAGCCCAAGAACUACAUGAUUUACUACGGCUUCUCUAGCUUUGCAAUGGAGAUGAAUGAGCUGACCCCUGACCUUAAGCCCCUGCUGCCCCCUACCGAUACACGCUUGCGCCCUGAUCAAAGGCUUCUUGAGGAGGGGAAAAUAGAGGAGACCGAUAAAACGAAAGAUGAAGUGGAGGAAAAGCAAAGAGAAAGGAGAAAAAUUCUGGGCAAGAGAGGAGAGGAGCAUAUCCCUCGUUUCUUCAGGAAAAAUUUGGAUGCCGCUGGAAGGGAAGUUUGGCUUUACAAUGGAACGUAUUGGAAGAUCAGGGAGAAUCCUGGUUUUGCUAAUGUUAAAAACCUGGAAUUAUGGUGAAGGAGGCAGAUUGCUGCAACACUGUGGACACUUAAUGCCUGUGAUAAAUUCAGUUUGCACACAAUUUUUGGAUGACUAUAUGUACAUUUGGGAGCAACAAUGAAUUGCCAAGGGUUUUUGUACUAAACCGAAUCCACUGAGCAAGGAUAAUGCUUUUACCAAACAGCAAGAGGAAGGAUACAUUUUGCAGAAUUCUAUUUAAUUUUUGUCACUUUGGAUAAAAUGUAAGCCAAAAGGUAAACAAGUUCUGGAGACGCUUAGUUUUAACAAUUUUACACACACACACACACACACACACACACACACACACACACACUUCUAUGAACAAUGUUGAUUUACUUUUCGCUUUAUAUAAGUACUUAUGUGCUGGUGGAAACAACAGGAGUCUGGAAGAAAAUUGAUUAUUUGAUUGUAUCUAAUAUUCAGAGGUCUUUCCUUUCUUACCUCACCAGUUUAUUAAAAGAGUCUCAACCUGAGCAGGAUUGAGCAGUAAAGGGA